AUGGUCGAGGGAAAUUGUUCUGAUGACUCGAAUCGCCUGCCCAGUUCGGUGUCGUGAGUGCACAAGAUCGCUCCGGUGAUCGCCAGGUACUCGCUUCGGCAUGCCGUCCCCCACCCACGCCCGUACUGAAGCCCCACUAUGAUCCCACUGCAUCUGCCGCCGUGUGCGACCCCACGUGCAGGCCAUCGCACUACUCGAUCCGCUUACUCACCGACUUGGAGGCUCUGCUCUACAAAGGGGCUUCCAUCACCACCUUGACCGUACAUGAACCCAUCGAAUGCAUCACCCUCCACGCCGCAUCACCCUUGGUCCUCCACGAAUCCAACGCGUUCCUCUUUUCGACCCAAUCGGCUUUCGCCCAAGAAAGCCACGCGCCCAAGCGGCGGUUGGACCACGUCGAGUACGACGGAGAAAAGGCCAAACUGUUCUUCCAUGGUGGCAAGAUUGAACCAGCCGAGUACAAGAUGGCGUUGAGGUGGCAUGGCGAACUCAAUCGGUCCAUGAAAGGGUCCGUAUCUGUUUUUUCUGCGACACUUGAAGCAGGGGCCGAGCGUCACCACGCUGACGGUCUGAGAUAUGCGGUGUAACCGUCGCAAUCUGGUCCGGAAAGCAGAUACUACACCUCGACUUACCCACGCAAGGGCGGCGAGGAGGGGCAGACCCAUGUCUUUGCCUGUACCCAGUUCCAACCAACAUCGGCAAGAAGAGCUUUCGUGAGCCAUACCGCUCACUGUUCGCGAUUUGACCGCGCCGAGCUGAUAGCACCCUUUCAUCCCGCAGCUUUGCUUCGAUGAACCCCACUUCAAAGCCAUCUGGCAGUUGUCGAUGAUCUCCAGGGUCCGCACGACCUCCCUUUCCAACAUGCACGUCGACCAUGUCGACAUCAUGCAAGAUCGCCAACGCUUCCCCAUCGAUGAACUACUUGAUGACGACUUUUACUCUGACGCAAAGGCUACCGACCAAGAUUCCACCGGCAACAUCGAAUUCGAUCAGGCAAAGGGUGAGCUCGGGGUUUCCAAGGCUCCGAGCGAGACCGAUCAAUCGAUUGUUGAGACGGAUUGGAUCGUUGUUUCGAAAGCAAAAGAUUGGCACAUCGUGCAUUUCCACCCGACCCCUUUGCUGUCGUCUUACCUCGUCGCUUUCGCGAACGGUCAAUUCGAGUACCGCGAGGAUCAUUUCACUUCGGUCGGAAUGGAUGGCAGGACAAGAGAUGUGAUUUUGAGGUUCUAUGCGACGUGGGAUCAGAUUGACAAGACGCUGUUGGCGCUCGAAACGACGAGGAGAUUGGUGCCCAAGUGGGUAUUGCCCAGCUCACUCAGAACCUGACGGAAUAAGGUACUCAUCACUCUUUGUACUGUAGAUACGAGCAAGUGUUUGACAUCCCGUUCCCGCUCCUCAAACUCGACACCCUCGUCGUCAACGACUUUGAUCUCGGAGCGAUGGAGAACCUCGGUCUCCAGAUGGGCCGCACCUCGGCGUUUUGAUGAUUCCAAAGGAGGGUCGGUUGCGUCGAGGAAGGGUGUCGUUUCCAUCACGUCGCACGAGAUCAGUCAUACCUGGUUCGGUGACAUGGUAUCGAUGGACUGUGAGUCUUUGAUGCGACCGUGCUCCGUGGCCUUCCUGAGCUGAUCCGCCUGAGAACUGGAUUUACCAGGGUGGUCCGGCCUCUACCUCAGCGAGGCGUUCGCCACACUCAUGGGAGAAUGUCUCAUGAUAGACCGUCUCGAACCUACUUGGAACGUCCAAGCCUCCUUCAUAUCCGAACACCUCGGCCGCGCACUCAAACUCGACGCCCUGCGCUCCUCGCACCCCAUCGAGGUCCGAGUCCCCGACGAAGCUGCCAUCUCGCAAGCUUUCGAUGGUAUCAGUUAUUCCAAAGGAGCAAGCGUCUUGAAGCAGUUGUGUCGGUGGAUCGGCGAGGAUAAAUUCAUAGAAGGGGUGACGAUCUAUCUCAAGAAGCAUCUGUGGGGGAAUACGAAGACGAUAGAUUUAUGGGAAGGGAUUGCGAAGAGCUCGGGCGAGGAUGUGGCCAAGGUCAUGGAUAAUUGGGUCAACAAGGUCCGUCACAAUGGUGCUAGAGGAUUUCAUCUCGACCCACUAGCUGACAAGGGUUUAGACUACAGAUUGGCUUCCCUUACGUGAAGGUCGAAGAAAGCCUCAAAGGGCUCAAGUUGACCCAGCACCGGUUCCUCAGCUCUGGAGAUGCUACUGUAAGCGACGCGAUACCCCCGCACGUCUAAUACUGACAAAUUACUCCUCUGCCGGUCAUAGGCCGAGGAGGAUGAGACACUGUGGCACAUCCCUCUACAAUUGUUGACCGUGGAUCCCAGGACUGGCGAACGCAAAGUAAACCGAUCUCUUCUCUUCUCGGAUCGCGAGAUGGAGAUCGCCUUGCCUGAUAUCGAGAAGGGGAUUUACAAGCUCAAUGCCGAAUCUUGCGGUGUUUGUGAGUGCACCUCUUCGACUGACUGGCGCUCGGAAUCGCUAACACUGACUUUGAACAGAUCGUGUUCUAUACCCCGCCUCUCGUCUCGAGCGCCUCGGCGAGGAAGCCAUCCGACCCGACUCGUCCCUUUCCCUGACCGAUCGAAUGGGCUUGAUCCAAGACGCUUCCGUGCUCGCCUCUUCAGGCUACUCGAAAACGUCCUCCUUCCUAGCGCUCGCCGACCUCAUCGCACCGACAGAGAAGGAAUACCUCGUCUUUUCUGAAAUCUCCUCCGCUUUGAGCGCGAUCUCGAGUGUUUGGUGGGAAGAGAAUGAGAGCGUUCUGGAGGGAUUGGCCAAGUUGAAGAAGCGGUGGUUUGCCAAGGAGGCGAAGAGACUGGGUUUGGAUCCUAUUGAGAGGGAGAGGUUGGAGGACGUCGAGUUGAGGGCGUUGAGUUGGUCCGCGAUGGCUUCGAGUGAGGAUCCCGCGUGAGUUCUGAGGAAUUACGACCGAAUCCAAGAUCUGCACGUUGAGGCUUGGACUGGUGUGACUGGUCCUUCCAUCCACAGCACGAUCAAAGAGUUUCAAAGGCGCUUUCGGCCCUUCGUUGAAUCAAACGACAGUUCCCUCAUCCCUUCCGACCUCUUCCCCACCAUCUUCCGCACUUGCGUCCAACACGGUGGAGCAGAGGAAUUUGCAAAAGCGCUCCAAGUCAUCUUCGCGCGACCCAACCCCGUGCAAUUCUCAGCUGCCGUAUCGGCACUGUGUUCGACACGGGACGAGAAGAGGUUGCAAGAAACGCUCGAGUUCGUCUUGUCGAAGCAGGUCAAGACGCAAGAUAUCUCGUCCUUCUUCACGUGGCUUUCGAUGAACCCAUUGGCGAAACGAAAGCUGUGGGGGUUGUUGAAAAGUAAUUUCGAUGCGUUGGUCGAGAGGUUGGAUGGGAAUUUCCAGGCGCCCUACAUCUUUGGGAAGGCGUUCAAUACCUUUACGACGGACAAGGAUGCGGAUGAGGUCGAACACUUUUUCGAGGGCAAGGAUACCCAUAUCUUCCAGCAGGCUUUGGAUCAGGUGAGUUGUUCAAUUGCUGGGGAGCGGCAUGUAGAAUGCAGAAUAUCCUGAUGUUAAUUUUCUUUUUGGCGUCGAUACAGGGCCUCGAAGCGAUCCGAGCCAAUGCCGCAUGGCUCCGAAGGGACCGAAAAGAUCUCCGCACCUGGCUCCAAAAGAACAAUCACAUCUCCGCAUAA